GGGUGGGGCGGGGGCAAGUGUCAGUCAGGGCAGAGCGCGGCGCGGGCAGCGGAGACCCGCGGCACACAGGCAUCCGGGCCGGAACGAGGCCUGCAGAGAUGGAGUUCCUGCUGGGGAAUCCGUUCAGCACCCCUGUAGGGCAGUGUCUUGAGAAGGCCACGGAUGGCUCCCUGCAGAGUGAGGAUUGGACACUGAACAUGGAGAUCUGUGACAUCAUCAAUGAGACAGAAGAAGGGCCAAAGGACGCCAUUCGAGCACUAAAGAAGCGUCUCAGCGGGAACCGGAACUACAGAGAGGUGAUGUUGGCCCUGACGGUGCUGGAGACGUGCGUGAAGAACUGUGGCCACCGCUUCCACCUCCUCGUGGCCAACCGAGACUUCAUCGACAGCGUUCUGGUCAAAAUUAUCUCUCCCAAGAAUAACCCUCCCACCAUCGUCCAGGACAAAGUGCUGGCUCUAAUUCAGGCGUGGGCAGAUGCCUUUAGGAGCAGUCCUGACCUCACUGGCGUUGUGCACAUCUAUGAAGAACUGAAGAGGAAGGGAGUUGAAUUUCCCAUGGCAGACUUGGACGCUCUGUCUCCCAUCCACACACCCCAGCGGAGUGUCCCAGAAAUGGAUCCAGCCGCCACCAUGUCCAGGUCCCAGUCGCAGCCCAGGACAAGUACGGGCACCUAUCCCUCACCUUCUCCAGCUUCCUACUCUACUCUGCAGGCCCCGGCUCUGAGUGUGACUGGCCCCAUCACAGCCAAUUCAGAACAGAUUGCUAGGCUGCGCAGUGAGCUGGACAUUGUUCGGGGGAACACAAAAGUCAUGUCUGAGAUGUUAACAGAAAUGGUCCCUGGGCAGGAGGAUUCUUCCGAUCUGGAACUACUCCAGGAGUUGAACAGGACCUGCCGGGCCAUGCAGCACCGCAUAGUGGAGCUCAUCUCCCGAGUGUCCAAUGAGGAGGUCACCGAGGAGCUGCUGCAUGUCAACGAUGACCUCAACAACGUCUUCCUCCGCUAUGAGAGGUUCGAGAGGUACAGGUCCGGCCGAUCUGUUCAGAAUGCCAGCAAUGGAGUACUGAGCGAAGUAACUGAAGACAACUUAAUAGACCUGGGCCCCGGCUCCCCUGCUGUGGUGAGCCCCAUGGUAGGGAGCACAGCACCCCCAUCUUCUCUCUCCUCCCAACUCGCAGGCUUGGACUUGGGGACAGAGAGUGUCAGUGGCACCCUCAGUUCACUUCAACAGUGUAAGCCUCAGGAUGGAUUUGACAUGUUUGCUCAGACCAGAGGAAACUCCUUGGCUGAACAGCGAAAGACGGUCACCUAUGAGGAUCCACAGGCUGUUGGAGGACUCGCUUCUGCUCUAGACAAUCGGAAACAGAGCUCAGAAAUGCGGAGAGGGAAAGGUGGGGACUCUGACCUGCAGCCCAUAGACAGCUGGCUCAUGACCCAAGGAAUGAUCCCAGUUGCGCAGCCCUCUGUCAUGGACGACAUUGAGGUGUGGCUCAGGACAGACCUGAAGGGUGAUGACCUGGAAGAGGGGGUCACAAGUGAAGAGUUCGAUAAGUUCCUGGAAGAGCGAGCCAAGGCUGCAGAAACGGUUCCAGAUCUGCCCUCACCUCCCACAGAGGCUCCUGCACCAGCCUCAAGUGCUUCCAACCGGAAGAAGCCAGAGCGGUCUGAGGAUGCCCUCUUUGCCCUGUGAGCUGUCCUGUGGUCUGCCUUCCCACGGCAGGUCACUGCUGACUCUCCCGGUGGACACUGGGCACUGGCCACUCCCCAGCCCCUCAGCCUGCACACCUGUAUCCCCAUGGAAAUGCCACUGUUUGCUCCCAGGUCUCCCUGGUCAGGGCCCACCUUGCCACCUGUUCUCUGGGUGGCAACAGCACUGACCAGAAGGCCUGUCCUCCCUCACCCCAAGGGCUCUCCUGGCCUUGGGUCUAACCAGGAAGAAGCAGUGGUCCAGCCCCAGGCAGGGUAGCCCCUUGACACUUUCUGAGCAGAGGUCCUGAACUGACUCUCUCACUACCCCUUCUGCUUCCGCCCAGCUCCAUGGCUUCCUUAGGUGAGACACUCUGCUCCCUGGGGCCCUCUCCUUCCAUCAAGGACUCUGGGAAGCAGGGCUCAAGUGUUUGUAACCACAGCUCAGUCUCUCUCCCUGGACGGUGUGGGCACUGGACGUGUUUGUACCUGAGUGGGCUCCAGGGGCCACUACCUUAAAGAUCCCUCAUGUCCCUGGCCCUUUCUCCAUCAGUCAGCUGCCAGGCCUGGGACCAAGACAAGGACCUGCAGCUCUUGGUCUGAGGAUGGCCAAGGGCAGCACGUGCCCUGUGGAUGGUACAUGGCUUACUCUAUGCACGCCCUACACACCCACAUUGGCCCUGAUGGCUAGAGAGGGUUGUUUGCUGAAGCAACAUGACUUCAGUGUAUCCCGUGACUUGGCUUCGCCUUCAGCCACCUCCACACAGCUACCUCCAGGCCAGCAGCAGGUAGCUGUGUGCUGGGCAUGGAGGCCCCAGAUGACCAGGAGCCACAUUAGGCUGGAGCCAUACUCCACUCUCCUCUCCUCCCUGACACAGCCUCAGCCUUCAUGGCUGUCCCCACUUGAUCUGCCACCCCCCCACCUCACCUCACCCCGGCCAACAGUUUCAGUCUGAAGCCUGACAGCCUGCAUCUGAGCAAGCAAGAGCCGGUGAUGCCUGCUCCUGCCCUUGUCUUGGCUGCUUUGUGUCCUGGCGCUGAGCAGGCGACCCAGUGCUCCCUUAACCCUGGUCUAGCUGCUGUUGCCUAGAAAAGGAAGAUGCUCCUGCAGCUCUAUUGCUAUAUACGCGCAGGCCCCACACAGUCCCACCCACCCCGGGGUCAGCCUUGCCCACCGUUAGGAUGGCCACUGCUACACCUGGCCACCCAGGCGCCAGCCCCAGCAGGGAGAGGAGGCUGCAAGGAUCCACUUGCAGAGGGGUCAGUGCACAGGUUCUGGGCAGCUCUUAGGGUGGGACCGCAGCCCUGGGUGAGAACAGAAGUGGCCUGUCCCAGGACCCCUCGCCCAACCCAGCACCUCUCCUUCAGCAGUCUCCGGAAGGUCUGGCUAGGGUUCAUCUGACAGGACCUGUGGAGGAUGUCAUGCUGACCUGCUAACUGCCCGGCUCUCUCUGAGCAUCUGCCAUACCUCCACACUCCACUCACACCCUGCCAAGCGGAACUUCUCAUCAGUGUUUCUUAAGGGCAGAGCACUCUAAGGCUAGCCUGGUUGUUAAGGCCUCUGAAGGCUUAUCACACCAGAGGAGACUGGGGAGCCCAGUAUACCUGGAAGCUUGGCCUUUGGCACAGUCCAAAAGGAUUGUCUGAGGAUCAGCUGUAUAUAGUCUAAAGAGAAGGGCCUGUGGGCAGUAGGCAAUCAGGCCAGCAUCUCUGAAUUAAGAGGCUGCCCCCUGCUUGUGGAUGAUGUAGAGAGGAAGAUGGGCCUCCAUCAGGGAGAGAGACUGAUGUGGGGGCCUACCUUGGGGGUUCCCAACAUGGUUGUUUCUAGUACCAAUGUCCAGAGCUGUCCCCUAUCCUCCUGACUGCAGCUGCUAGGUAUGGCUUAGAGAGGUCAAGGACUCCCCCAGGCUGCCAAGAGAACACCUUUCUGGCUGGGACCAGCCCAGCUGGUGGUUUGCUCUGUAGUCGUCAUAUCUUGUCUAGAGGUAGUCUGCCUGCCUUAUCUGUGGGCUGAAGUGACAUGGGCCUGGGGCCUUUAUGAGAAGCAAGAUGGGCCUGGGGGUCCCGAAGGGGGUUCAGCUCUGUGGACUGUCCUGUCCUGAGGCCUCUGGUUCCCUACCAUCUGUGGGCCAAACCCUUAGACGCUGGGCCCUCUCAAGCCAGCAGCCUCUACAAGUGUUAGAAAUCACAGAUAGAGUAUGUACUUAAUUACACUAAAUUAUUGCCGGGACUCAUAAGCACUAAUUACACCUGAUUAUAGGUUAAAAUAUUUAUUUUGUCAAAAUAUUUUCUUGAGGAUGUGUUUAACCUUUUCUUGUUCAUUGUGUGCUGAAGUGUGAAGACUGCUUCUUCCUACCUUUUUGGCCAUCAGGCAGCCGUGGAGGGAAGUCACCAGGUGGAGUUUGACCCUGUGAGUUGGGCCGAGACUGACUAACUCAUUUACUGUACAUGGGACAUGGGGUUUCAGAGCCAAAAGGGCUUCUUGGUGGCUGUGGCCAGAGCUGGCUUCCAUUUUCCUGUCAGCCCCUCAGUGUGAGUGGCUGUGCCUUGGCUCACUACUCUUGUCCUCCCCACCUGGCCCCUGCUGUCACCCACAGCACCGCUCAGCCGGGAAAGUGGUGGCCGGACCCUCGGUGGCCUGAUGGCAGUGGGUUCCUUCGUUCCACCACAGACUUUCCUGGCCACGGUCCCCUGACGGAUGGUCUCAGAUGGCUCAGGGCACUCUGGGGGCCACGUCAGCCCUAGGUGGCUGGGAGAGCAUCAUGAGAGCCUGGGUUCCCGCCCAGGCAAUCCACAGCCUCUCUAUGGUCGGCUGUUGGGAUGCUGGGGCUUCCCUGUGUGCUCAGCCACUCGGAGGUCCUCCCUCUGUGGCUCCGUGGUACCUGCCUAGCCCAGUGCCCAUCCCCAGCCCUUCUUGUUCAUGGAGGUCUAGGCUAGGUUGCCCCUAGUCCCCAAGAACAGCUGUCAACCCCGUGUUCUGACCGAUCCUGCCGUACUCACGCCCCAGGCUCUCUGGGAGAGCAGGGGUCGUGUUUGCUCCUCAAGUUUGCACUUCAUCUGUGAGGACCUGAGGGUCCUCGGGCUGCUGAAAAGACGGUGUUGAGUUUGUUCUCCUGUUGUCUUACGAGUCGGAGUCUUGUCUCUGUCCUGUUUCUGUGGGUAGAGCUGGUUCUGGAGGGUGGCUCAGGUGUGACAACUAGUGUGUCUCCCCACCCACUGGUUCUGCUUCCAAAUCCUGUCUCUCUAAUCUGUGUUCUUGCAUGUAAAGUACGCCACAAUAAAUAGUUGAACCAGC